GAAGUGAUAGGCAAGAAAACCGGGGAAGCGGCGAUAGGUAAAUAAAGUUCGAAUAUUUGGAUAAAGGAAAUAACACUAUCAGGGUCCCAAUUUCCAAUUCCCAAUUCCCAAUUCCUCUUUGCUUUUUGAUCAAUCGCCCACUGUUUUGUUUUCUAAUCCUAUCUUUACUUCCCUUCGAUGCUUCCGCCCUUUUCUGCUUCAAUCUAUGGCUGUUGCUCUAUAAAAUCACGCCCCCAUUCUCCUGCUUCUUCUCUUUCUUUUACGAGAUGAGCUGGUAAGUUCAUUCCAUUCUUAUCCGAAGAUCAGACCUCCAGAUCUAAUCGUGGGGCGUUUUUUUUUUGUUACCCAAAAUCAUGAUCAUGAGGGAAUCUUUUGAUAUUCUUCUUUGAAUUGUGUUGACGGAUCUUGCGUAACUUAUCCGAUUGAGCUUUUUCAGCUUUCGAAUUUCUGGUACGAAUUGGGUAUACUGGACAUGGGUUUUUAUUGAUUGAUUACUGAAUUGAGACAACAUAGCUUUCUGGGUAUUUGUGGUUUGUUAAUAAUUAAUUUUGUGGGGUUUUCUAAAAAUGGUUACGGUUAAUCUUGGAAUGCUUCAUUAUGUGUUGGACCAUGUUUAUGGUGCAUUUAUGCACAGAACCAAACUCAGUCCACCGUUUUUUUCGAGGGGAUGGGGUGGUUCGAAGCUUGAUUUGCUUGAGAAGAUGAUUAAACAGUUGUUCCCAGAUGUGGCAGCACAGGCUUGGCCUCCUAGUUUGAUCAAACCCAUUUGGAGAACGGUUUGGGAGAAUGAAACUGCUCGUUUGAGAGAAGGGUUUUUUAGGACCCCUUGUGAUGAGCAACUGCUUGCUGCUUUGCCUCCUGAGAGUCAUAAUGCAAGGGUUGCAUUUCUCAUGCCUAAAUCUGUGCCAACCCACAAGAUGUCUUGUGUGGUUCAUUUGGCAGGGACUGGAGACCAUUCAUUUGAAAGAAGAUUACGUCUUGGUGGGCCGUUAUUGAAGGAUAACAUUGCAACCAUGGUGCUCGAGAGUCCUUUCUAUGGUCAGAGACGACCCAUCCUGCAACAUGGUGCCAAACUCUUGUGUGUUAGUGACUUGCUUUUGUUGGGAAGAGCAACCAUUGAAGAGGCUCGUAGUCUUUUACAUUGGUUAGACUCUGAGGCAGGGUUUGGAAAGAUGGGCGUUUGUGGGCUUAGCAUGGGAGGAGUACAUGCUGCGAUGGUUGGAUCUCUACACCCUACACCAAUUGCAACGCUUCCUUUCCUUUCUCCACAUUCUGCUGUUGUGGCAUUCUGUGAGGGAAUUUUAAAGCAUGGAACUGCUUGGGAAGCAUUACGAAAUGACCUUGGCUUGCAGCAGUCUGCCAUGACUCUCGAGGAGGUUAGGGAACGGAUGCGGAAUGUACUGUCUCUCACAGAUGUUACACGCUUUCCAAUCCCAAAAAAUCCCAAUGCUGUAAUUCUUGUUGCUGCCACUGACGAUGGCUACAUCCCGAAACACUCCGUGCUCGAGCUCCAGAAAGCUUGGCCUGGUUCAGAAGUAAGAUGGGUGACGGGUGGACAUGUAUCUUCCUUCAUUCUACACAAUGAUGAGUUUCGCCGAGCAAUUGUUGAUGGCCUCGACAGACUCGAAUGGAGAGAGUCGCCACUAUGACCAUAAGCUUUUCACCAAACAUGUAAAGGAGGAACUCAUUUGUUUAUUUUUUUCUUUCUUCACCCCCUUAUUUUAUUUUUCUGUGGAUAAUUCUUCUCAUUCUUCACCAUUUGUAUGAUUCAAGUUGUAAAACUAAUUUGGUAUGUUCUACUUUGCCAUUAGACAACUCCAUUUAGGAGCAAAGUAUGUAACUUCCAUAGUGAUUUAUACAACAGUGGUGAUAUUGCUUAUACAAGUCCCAUUUUUUAUUCA